AUUUAGCCGAGAGAUUCCGGAUCAUAUUGGUGGUCCAUGUUUCAAGACUUUUGUACAGUAAACUCACUCUGUUUACUGAGUUUUGGUUUGGUAAUAAGUGAUUAAGAGUAAGAGAUGGCUGAAGGAGGAAGACCGCCUCCAGGAGUUGGCGGGAAUCAGGGUAGAUGUCAGCCUCACAAGUCUGUUCGCCAUAACCUACCAGUUAUGCCUUCGAUGUCCCAAAAUCCCAAGAUUGCCCAAAGUAAAGCCAGUGUCAAGCAAUAUCCUCCUCAUCUAGAUCUCAUUGCUAAGCAACAAGAUUCUCAAAACAAAACAGAUGGGUCAUCCAUUGCACCUUGUGCUCCUGUUUCUAUACCAGUACCUACCACCCCUAAAGCAUCCGAGUUGCCUAACCUGGUUACUGGAGAUCUGAGUGAAAAACUGGCUGAGAAAAAAUCCUCGCCAACAUCAAUUAAAAUCAAGAUUAAACGUUCAGUGAAGGAAGGACAGGAACAGUUGACGUCCUCAGUUUCUGUUUCUGAUGGAGAGGUUCAUCAUAAAUCUAAGAAAAAGCAUAAGAAGCAAAAGAAAUCACAUUCCAAGGAAAAGGAACCAGUAGUGAUGACACAGAUUGUAUCUGGGAAACAGCCUGAAGUUGGUGCAAAUGACAAACCAAUCAAAUGGUUGGUUGGGGAUCUGGUGUGGUCUAAAGUAUCAGGACACCCCUGGUGGCCAUGCAUGAUAUCUUUUGACCCAAUAGAUGGCAUCUCGACCAAAAUGGCAGGUGGAGCACUAAAGAAACGGAUGUAUCAUACCCAGUUCUUUGGCAGUGCAGCUGAGAGAGGUUGGGUCAGUGAGGCUGCAACUUUAGAAUUCAAGGGGAAGGAAGCUUUUGAUAAAGACGUAGCUCAACAAAUUAGCGAGGCAAAAUCAAAGAAGCAGAAGGCCAGUGCUAUUGAGAGAUUCAAAACCAAAUGUUCUGGUCAGAGACAAUUAGCUUUGGAUUUAGCCAUUAAAGAAGCAAACGAUGCCUUGAAAUUAAGCAUAGAUGAACGGAAGCAAAAAUUAACAUUUGUGUACCAGAUACCUCAACCUAAACCAACCAGCUCAAAAACUGAUAGUUCUAAAGCUGAUAGCACCAAAUCUUCCAAAAAGAGAAAAGCCGAUGACAUUGACUCUGAAAAUGAAUCAUUAUCAGAACCAGUGAGUAAACGUCAAAAAACAACGAAAACGCCAAGUACUACUCCAAAAUCAAAAUCUCGCCCGCAGAAAAACCAGGGACAGUUCAGUGUGUAUUGUAACAAACAUAGGGAUGAUGUUAGGAAGGAGCACCCUGAAUAUGAUGAAGAAAUGAUUGAAGGUUGUUUAACCCUACAGUGGAAUAGCAUGACUGGGAAACAAAGGGCGAGGUACAAGUCAAAGUUGCAUUCAAGUGAUGCUGAAACGUCCAGUCCAGGGAAAAGAAACCGCAAACCAAAUCCCAAACUGUUAGAUGGUGGAGAUUUUGAUACAGAUGAGUCAUCCGAAGAUGAGGAGGUAGUUUUUAAACCUAAGAAGAGGAAACCUGUUAAGAAAGAACAAAGUAUUAAAAAAGAAGAGGUUGACUGUAAAGAACCUAUUACUCAUCAAACUAGUGCUGAUGAUCUGGCUGAUAUAAUAAGCAGUGUAGCUAGUGGUGCUGGUAAAAUAACAAUGAAGCAGUCAGAAGGCACGUCAGAGGAGGAUGCUGCUCCCAACAUCAAGAAGGCACCCAGAAGAAAGAAAUCUAUAGUGGAUGAUACUGCAUCUGAAACAGGCUCAGAGGCUGGGGGGGCUCCAAAGCUGGUGAGACCUGAAGCAUGCAACAUGGAGUUAGAAAUCUUUAGCCUUUCUGCAGCUGGGCCAACCAAGAAAGAAAAUGUUUGUCUGAUAUGUGAAGAACCUGGAGAAGUGGUUCAGUGUACAGGGCCAUGUAAUGGUACUUACCAUUCCGACUGUUUGGGCUUAAAAGCAGUGCAAUCCACAGACUUCAAAUGUGAUGAGUGUAUCUCAGGUACCCACAAAUGUUUUGUAUGCAAAGAGCGCACUGGAUCUACCAGGAGAUGUACAACAGCUAACUGUGGCAAGUUCUACCAUGAUGCGUGUCUAGCUAAAUUCCCAUUGACCCGCCAAGAAGGCAAGGUGCUCCAUUGUCCACUACAUACCUGUCUCACAUGUGCCAAUGACAGCCAUUCUAAAGCAAAGGCAACCAAAGGUCGGUUUAUGCGCUGUGUAAGGUGUCCAGUAGCAUACCAUGUAGGGGACUAUUGCAUGGCUGCAGGCUGUGUGUCACUUGGGGGCUACAAUAUGGUGUGCAGUCGGCACUUUAAGCCUGUCAAAUCCCUGUCUCAUCAUUCACACAUCAAUGUUGCCUGGUGCUUUCUUUGCUCUGAAGGUGGAACAUUAUUAUGUUGUGAAAGCUGCCCAGCAUCAUUCCAUGCAGAAUGCUUAGAGAUCCCAUUCCCUGAGGAGAGCUGGUUCUGCAGUAGUUGUGCAGCAGGCCAGCGCCCUCUAUAUGGAGACAUUGUCUGGGUGAAACUUGGCAGUUACAGGUGGUGGCCAGGUCAGAUUUGUCAUCCCAAGAAUGUCCCCAACAAUAUUCAGGAGAAACCCCACCAGGUUGGGGAGUUUCCAAUCAAGUUCUUUGGAUCACAUGAUUACUUCUGGACUCAUCAGGCUAGAGUGUUUCUUUAUCAAGAGGGUGACAAGGGAAGCAGCGACACUGCUAAUGGCAAACGUCUGGCAAAGGUUUUCCAAAAAGCUGUGAAUGAGGCCUCUGCUGCAUACAAGAUCUGGAAGGUUGCUAAAGACCACAAGGAACAAAAAGAAAUAGAAGCCAAUGAUAAGAAACCAGCUCCAUUUAAAUAUAUCAAGACCAACUUACCCCUAGGAAAUGUACAGAUCUACCGUCCCAAUCCACAACUCCUAUCUACCUGUGAAUGUUUGCCCAAUGAUGAGAACCCAUGCGGCUCUGAUGAAAAAUGCCACAAUCGCAUGGUUAUGUAUGAGUGCCAUCCUUCUACUUGUCCUGCCAAAGAGGCAUGCCAGAAUCAGAGGUUCCAGAAGAGGCAAUAUCCAGACUCUACUCCCUUCAGAUGUCCUGGGAGAGGAUGGGGCCUUAAAACUAAUGUAGAUAUUAAAAAGGGUGAAUUUGUGAAUGAAUAUGUGGGAGAGUUAAUAAGUGAAGAAGAAUGUCAGAGAAGAAUCAAACAAGCUCACGAUGACAAUAUCUGCAACUUCUACAUGAUGACCUUAGAUUCCAGGAGGGUAAUAGAUGCUGGACCAAAGGGUAACAUGUCUCGCUUCAUGAAUCAUAGCUGUGAUCCAAAUUGUGUCACUCAGAAGUGGACAGUACUUGGUGACAUCAGAGUUGGACUCUUUGCCAAGGUUGAUAUCCCCGCUGGCACAGAGUUGACAUUUAAUUAUGAGCUGGAGAGUCGGGGAGAUGAGAAGACUAAGUGUAUGUGUGAAACUAAGAAUUGCAGUGGAUAUAUUGGACUUAGGCCAAAGUCUGCUGCUGUCCUUGCCAUAGAACAGAAGAAAGAUUCCAACAAAAAGCGUAAACGAAAGAGACCUAAAGCUGUUAAGAAGGAACAUGAAGAUGAAUGUUUUAGGUGUGGUUACGGAGGCGAGUUAGUAAUGUGUGAUAGAACAAAAUGCCCUAAAGCAUACCAUCUGAAAUGUUUAGAUCUUCCAAGUAAACCACAUGGCAAGUGGGACUGUCCCUGGCAUCAUUGUGAUACAUGUGGCAAAGUGGCUGUGAAGCUCUGUAUUGAGUGCCCCAAUUCAUUCUGCAAGUCCCACCUUGAGGGAAACACAUAUCAGUUUCCGGAAAACAAACUCUAUUGUUCCGAUCAUGAUGACAUCAUCAAUGAAAUGUUGACAAAAGGACAUAGUGUCAUCAAGCAGGAGUCUGAUGUCAGUUCGCAAGUUUCAUCAAAUGAUAAAACAGAAUCAGAAUUAGAAACUGAUGAUUCGUCUAGUCCUGAUGAUGUCACUAAUACAGACUCGAAUACUAUAAAAAGUGAAAUAAGUGACUCUGGGUUGAAAUCUCUAGAGUUGCAAAAUAAUUCAGGUGUUGAAAGUGAUUUAGCUCUUAAUAACAAUCGGAAAAAACAGACGAAAAAAUCGACAGCAAUUUCUAAAACAAAGACACCAAAAUCAGCUGAAUUGAAGGAAAAUGGACCCCCUAGCAAGAAAAUGAAUUCUAAAUCUGAGAAAAAUACCAGAGUGAAUGGAAACCAAACACCUAAAUGUAAUGGGGGAACCUCAGAUGAGGAUGAGUUUGGCUUGGUGAUAGAUUGUUGAUGAAAAUAUGUUUGUUAUACAAGUUGGUAAUGCUUUUUCUGCGUUUCUGUCUCUUGUGUAGGCUACCAUGGAGGUUUUGUAGCACCAUCAUCAGGGAUUCCAUUGUAUGUAAAGUGUUCAUGUGUUCAUUGUAGUUGUGUUCUUGUUGCAUGUGAGAGUGUAUACAGCAUGUUUAACAGGAUUUUAUGGACCAAGUUCAAAAUAGUGCAAAUGAAAACAUUAGAGAAAGUCUCAGUUUUCAUCCAAAUCUAUUAACACUAUUUUGAUUUGAGGAAGAUCGAGGCGUUGCGCCUACUAAACCACCUGGUAUAUAUUGACUAUGUCGCAACUGCAUGUUAUGUAUAUCUUAGCGUUGCAUGUGACAUCGGAACUGUUCAUGAUUGUGUCAAAAUUAUUUGCAUAGUUGUUCUACAUGAACACCAUUGAAAUGCAAACUAAUUGUGAUUUAAUUGAAAUGAAUGAUUGCAUGGGAACAACUGCUACUGUUGAUUUCAAUCAUAUAUAUAUUUUAUAUUAGAUAAUCAUGAUUGUAAAUGAAUGAAUAUUCAAGAUCUUACUCAAGUCAAAAAUGCACAAAAAAUCUAAUUCAUAUUUUUGUAAAGUUGUAAUAAAUUGUUCUGAGGUUGUUGUUCUACAUUUAGUGUUAACCCCUUCACCCUUGUGGGGCAGGUAUCAGUAUUAUAUCCAUGUAAAAAGUGGAUGUAUAUCAUUGUGAUAUGUUAUUUCAAGAAUAUAUACUUUAUUGUCCAGUACCUAUGUUGGUACAAUUAAGGCUUGCAAUGGAUUUUGACUUGUAACAAUAUCAGGCCAAACCAGUAAACUCAUGCCUCUUAUAUUGGGAACAGAUAAGAUAUAAAUUAUU